AUGGAUUUAUCGAAUGGAGGGGAGCACGGAAAUAUUGGUCCUACCUCCGGUGACGCAAGAUUAAUCACCGAGCUCAACGGUGGAGAACUUCCGAUGAAGGAAGAGGUUUCCAUUCCCCGGAAAAAAAAUCACCUUGAAAAUGGAGUUGCCGUCGCUGAUAUAUCGAAUGGAGGGGAGAACGGAAAUCUCGGUCCUACCUCCCGUGACCCAAGAGUAAUAGCCCAGCUCAACGACGGACAAGAACCAAUGAAGGACGUUCUGUCCAAUCCCCGGAAAAUCCAUCCACUUGAAAAUGGAGAUUCCGGUGAAGAACUUUCUCGGGAAAACGAGAGAAAAGGUGAGAAAAUUGCAAAUGGAAAACUGAACGAGGAAGAAGAGGAGGUUUCAAACGGAUUCGCUCACGAGAAUCCCUCGGAUUCUGUUGAAAAUUCAAAUUUCGAAGAUCACGGAGAUAUCGGGAUUUCAUCAGAAUUUUCUGAUAUAGAAAUUGAGAAAAGAGAAGAAGCCCACGGCAGAGAAUCUGACAACGAAUCCCCCGCCUCAGGAAAAGACGACGAGGAAAUUCGAAAAGGUUCACCGGAAAAUGACGUGGCCGUUGAAAACAUAGACGUUGUUGGUUCAAAAAUCAACGGCAACGUAUCGGUGACGAUUCCUCAUUCGCAGCUUCCGAAGCCGGAGGCACCACCAGGCGUGACGAUCGUGAGUUCUCCACGUGAUUCUCCUACAAUGAACCGAUCUAAGUCCUUGCCGGAAAAUAUCCCCGCCGUUGACAUGCCGGCAAUCGGAAAAUUCUUUCGGGAAAAGAGCAAUAGCCUAUCGGCCGCGAUCACAAAGCGCUUAUCAUCCUUAAAAGAAAACACCCAAAACGACGACAAUCAGAAAUCGAACGUGACCGAGUUCAAUCUCUCCGGACUCAAAGUGAUCGUAAAGCUCAAAACCUCCGAAUUCAAAGGGCGAAUUAGCUUCUUCUCAAGAUCAAACUGUAGGGACUGUACUGCAGUUCGAUCGUUUCUGAGGGAAAAGAACUUACGAUACGUAGAGAUAAACAUCGACGUUUUUCCAAUGAGAGAGAAAGAAUUGAAGUCGAGAACUGGCAGUUCUGCUGUACCCCAGAUAUUUUUCAACGAGAAAUUGUUCGGAGGGCUUGUGGCAUUAAAUUCGAUGAGUAAUAGUGGGAUGCUCGAGCAGAGAAUGAAGGAAUUGUUGGGGACCAAGUGUCCGGACGAUGCUCCGGCGCCGCCGGUUUAUGGGUUUGAUGAUCCGGAGGAGGAAAAGAUCGACGAGAUGGUUCAGUUUGCUAGGGUUUUGCGGCAGAGAUUGCCGAUACAGGACCGGUUGAUGAAGAUGAAGAUCGUGAAGAAUUGCUUCUCUGGCGCUGAGAUGGUGGAGGUCAUGAUACAGUACAUGGACUGUGGGAGGAAGAAGGCCGUCGAGAUUGGGCAGCGGCUGGCAAGAAAACAUUUUCUCCAUCACGUCUUUGGGGAAAAUGAAUUUGAGGAUGGGAACCACUUCUAUCGAUUCCUUGAGCAUGAGCCCUUCAUUCCCCGAUGCUUUAAUUUCCGAGGAUCCACAAAUGACAGUGAGCCCAAGGCUGCUGCCCUGGUAAGUGAAAGGCUUGCCAAGAUAAUGUCCGCAAUACUCGAGUGUUAUGCCUCUGAUGACAGACGCCGUCUUGAUUAUGUGGGCAUCAGCAACAGCGAAGAAUUUCGGAGAUAUGUAAAUCUGGUUCAAGACCUUCAUAGGGUAAACAUUCUGGCACUCUCAGCAGACGAGAAGCUGGCCUUCUUUUUGAACCUGUACAAUGCUAUGGUUAUCCAUGCUGUGAUUAGGAUUGGCCAUCCUGGGGGAGUAAUUGAUAGGAGAUCCUUUUAUUCUGAUUUCCUGUAUGUAGUUGGAGGCCAUCCGUAUUCCCUAACUGCAAUACUAAAUGGGAUACUUAGAAACAAUCGAAGGGCGCCUUACUCAUUGGUCAAACCCUUUGGUGCUGGAGACAAGCGUUUAGAGCUAGCUUUUCUGAAAGUUAAUCCAUUGAUUCAUUUUGGACUCUGUAAUGGGACAAGAUCGAGCCCAACAGUUAGAUUUUUCACUCCCCAAGGAGUUGAAUCUGAGCUAAGGAACGCUGCAAGGGAGUUUUUCCAAAGAGACGGAAUCGAGGUGGAUCUGGCCAAGAGGACUGUCUACCUCACCCGGAUCAUCAAGUGGUUCAAUGUGGAUUUUGGACAAGAGAAAGAUAUCCCAAAGUGGGUCAUAAAUUACUUGGAUGCAACUAAGGCAGGCCUUUUGACUCAUCUAUUGGGUGAUGGGGGAGCUAUUAAUAUUGUUUACAAAAAUUAUGAUUGGUCUGUUAAUUCCUAACAACCCUGCCAAAGUGGAUGGACAGCUAAUUGCCCAGAACUUGUCACUAGGGUCUGAAAAAAAUCAGGUAUAUCUAGCAUUACCUCUGCAGUCCGCAUAGGAAAAGAUUAUUUUGGUGAUUGAACCGGUGACGUACGUUCAGAUGACGGCGAAGCAACUUUACUAUUACGCCAAGGCUGUCAUGAAAUAUAAUGCCUAAAUCUGUAUGAGAAUUUUGUAUAUAAUACCAUGAAGUUUGGAACCUGGUUACCCUGUCCAUGAGCAGAGGUUUUGGAAAGGACAAAAAAAAAAGAUUUUUUUUUCAUCAAUA